GCCAUCCAUCCUGAUCUUUCUUCUAGUUUUUUUUUUUUUUUUUUUUAAUUAAUUGGUCACGGAUAUAUGAAUCCAUGGAGAGAGCAAGAAAGCUCCGGACUUCUCCUUUUGUUUUGUAAUAUGAUAACCAAGAACCUAGAAUCUCUUCCCAACCCCUCUAAGUAGCUUCCUCAUAUCACUUGCCUUUCACCGAAAAUUAGAUCAAAGCAAUCUAAUUACUUGCAAUUUCCCAGUUUACUUUCCAAAAAUGGCAUCAUCCCUCAUCCCCAGCUUCUUUGGCAGUGGCAGCCGCAGAACUGAUGUGUUUGAUCCAUUUUCUCUCGACAUUUGGGAUCCUUUUGAUGGCAUCUCCACCUCAACACUAGCCAAUAUGCCUUCUUCAGCAAAGGAAACCUCUACUGUCGUCAAUGCAGAAGCCCACAUUUUCAAAGCAGACCUUCCGGGGAUAAAGAAAGAGGAGGUCAAAGUGGAGAUGGAAGAAGGCAGAAUCCUCCAAAUUAGCGGAGAGAGGAGCAAAGAACAGGAGGAGAAAAAUGAUAAGUGGCAUAGAAUUGAAAGAAGCAGUGGGAAAUUUUUAAGGAGAUUCAGGUUGCCUGAAAAUGCAAAGAUGGAUCAAGUUAAGGCUACCAUGGAAAAUGGAGUGCUAACUGUGACUAUUCCUAAAGAAGAGGAGAAAAAGCCUCAAGUCAAGUCUAUUGAGAUUUCUGGCUAAGCAAGAUACUGAACUGAAAACAAAAUUUGUCUUCGGUUCAAAACGCAAUCUGAUUGAAUAAACUUAAUGUGUGUAAUUGGUGAAGCUUGUGUGUCCAAAAUGGAAAUGAUUGUCAUUUAUAUUAAAUUUCCCACUUGCAAUUUU